CUUGUGUUGUAAUCAAAACUAGUCUCAGCGAUUUAUUAAGUUGUAAAAUGUUAGUUUGUAUUUCUGUACAUUAAACUGGAGUUUGUAAAAAUAUGACUUCUAGGAAGAAGCGUCAGUCAGACGCACAGGCAGAGCAAUGGGUUGUAAUUGCAUCAGAUUCAGUUGUUGAAGCACCAAAAAAAUCCGAGACUGAGCCAGUGUUCCUCAGACUCCGAAACCCCAAAACAGAUGAGGCUUCUCUAUACCUCUUGAGUAGCAACGCGCUAAAGCUGUAUGAAGUGAAAGCUUUUAAUGAGGAAUAUCACUCUUGGUUUAUUGGUCAAACUGUACAGCACGAUGGAAGACUUUUGUUCAUAACACCAAUGGAUCCUCUAUUUCUUGUUCUGCCUUAUAUCGUGAAAGCUGGAAAAGAGGGCAAGUUCCAGCCAGUGGAUCAGGUAGUGGUGGAUGAGGACUUUCCGUAUUCCAGCAGAUUACUCAAGUGUCCCAGAACCCUUCAGGCACUCCGUCACGUCACAGAGGAGAAAGAAAUCGGAGGUCAGAAGUUUAACAGAUACAGCAAAGAAAAGACUCUGGAAUUGUUAAAGAAAAAGGUUGAUAGGACAGUGAAAGCCCUGAAAAGCAGCAAUACUUGUGUUGGUGGAGCAGUGAAGUCCUCUACAUUUAUUAGAACCAAACACAAUUCAGAAGAAAAAGAGGAUUACAUCCAUUAUGCUUAUGGCUUAAUAUCGGAGUAUAUUGCUGAAGACCUCAGCCUUGACCUUCACAAGUAUUUAGAGCUGCCUGAGAUUUCAAGUCCAACAGAGGCAGAACCACCAUCAAAGAAAAGGAAAUUGUCGGAUAAGCCUGUGGAAGCAGGAGAGGACUAUACCUUGUUUAACAGCGGGGAUCUCAAAAAGCCUGCCAAAAAGAUGACUGCAGCACAGAAAGCUCUGGCUAAAGUGGACAAGACUGGCAUGAAAAACCUCUCUGCAUUCUUCAGUCCCAAAGUGAAAACUGAAAAGAAAUAAGCACUGCGUAUUUUACGAUCAAUAAAGUAUUUUCUUUGUUAUGUUGUGUCCUGUUUGCAUUUUAAUAAAAUGUUCAGUAUGUGGGUCUCUAAUAACUUGACUAAGUCUGUUUUAGGAAGAUACCACGUCCUGUACUAUAGUUAUGUAACAUAAAUAGAAAUGUAUUGAUUGGGUGUGAUUUUAUUGUUACACACUUGGUUUCCUGAAAGCAUCAUAAAAAAUGACCAUGUUGUUUAUUUAGGUCUUUAUGCAGCUAAUUGACAUAACAAAGUUUCAGUCUAUUUUUUUUGUCUGGGCCACAGCACUGCAGUUGAUUUGCUUAUGUCCCAUGAGGGGCUUGGAUUUUGGUCCACUGUCCACAAUCAUUCUUCUUGAUUCAGCACUGUGUGUGGCAAAUACAUGCAGUCACACAACAGAGCUGUAUUUGUUAAUGUAAUUUUUGUUUUG